CCCCGCCCCGCCCCGCGGCCCGUUCGGCCCCAGGUUCCUGUAAAUCCCGGGCGGUCUCUGCAUCCUUGCGGACGCUGUCAGCCUGGUUUCCACCUUCGCCUGCCUUUCAUCCCCAAGACUGGAAUCUCGGGAGAUGGCUGCCCAAUGUGUCACGAAGGUGGAGCUGAAUGUUUCCUGUGACAAUCUCUUGGAUAAAGAUGUAGCAUCAAAAUCAGACCCUUUAUGUGUGUUAUUUUUGAAUACGAGUGGUCAACAGUGGUAUGAGGUUGAGCGCACAGAAAGGAUUAAGAAUUGCUUGAGUCCCAAAUUUUCUAAGACAUUUAUUAUUGAUUACUACUUCGAAGUGGUUCAGAAAUUGAAAUUUGGGAUUUAUGACAUCGACAACAAAACCAUUGAACUGAGUGAUGACGACUUCUUAGGAGAAUAUGAAUGUACCCUUGGACAAAUUGUUUCCAGUAAGAAGCUAACUCGACCACUGGUACUUAAAAAUGGCAGACCUGCUGGGAAAGGGAGCAUUACGAUUUCAGCAGAAGAAAUAAAGGAUAAUAGAGUGGUCUUGUUUGAAAUGGAAGCCAGAAAACUGGAUAACAAGGAUCUAUUUGGAAAAUCAGACCCAUACCUGGAGUUUCACAAGCAGACAUCUGAUGGAAACUGGCUGAUGGUUCAUCGAACAGAGGUUAUUAAAAAUAACUUGAAUCCUGUUUGGAGGCCUUUUAAAAUUUCUCUUAAUUCCCUGUGCUAUGGAGAUAUGGACAAAACCAUUAAGGUAGAGUGUUAUGAUUAUGACAAUGAUGGAUCACAUGAUCUCAUUGGAACAUUUCAAACUACCAUGACAAAACUGAAAGAAGCCUCCAGAAGCUCACCUAUUGAAUAUGAAUGCAUAAAUGAGAAAAAGAGGCAAAAGAAAAAAAGCUAUAAGAAUUCAGGUGUUAUCAGUGUGAAACACUGUGAGAUUACAGUAGAAUGUACGUUCCUUGACUACAUCAUGGGAGGAUGUCAGCUGAAUUUCACUGUGGGAGUGGAUUUCACUGGCUCUAAUGGUGACCGGUCUCCGGACUCCCUUCAUUACAUCAGUCCCAAUGGUGUCAAUGAGUAUUUGACUGCCAUCUGGUCUGUAGGACUGGUCAUUCAAGAUUAUGAUGCUGAUAAGAUGUUUCCAGCUUUUGGUUUUGGAGCUCAAAUACCGCCUCAGUGGCAGGUGUCACAUGAAUUUCCAAUAAACUUUAAUCCAUCCAAUCCCUACUGUAAUGGAAUCCAAGGCAUUAUAGAGGCUUAUCGGACCUGUCUUCCUCAGAUAAAACUCUAUGGACCCACUAAUUUUUCUCCAAUCAUAAAUCAUGUGGCCAGGUUUGCAACUGCAGCCACACAACAGAAGACAGCUUCUCAAUAUUUUGUGCUCUUGAUCAUUACUGAUGGUGUCAUCACAGACCUUGAUGAAACCAGGCAAGCUAUAGUUAAUGCUGCCAAGCUGCCUAUGUCCAUCAUCAUUGUCGGAGUUGGAGGAGCUGACUUCAGUGCCAUGGAGUUUCUGGAUGGUGAUGGGGGACCUCUCCGCUCCCCAUCUGGUGAGGUGGCCAUCAGAGAUAUUGUACAGUUUGUGCCUUUCAGACAGUUCCAAAACGCUCCAAAAGAGGCGCUUGCCCAAUGUGUCUUGGCGGAGAUUCCCCAGCAGGUGGUGGGCUACUUCAACACAUAUAAGCUCCUUCCUCCCAAGAAUCCAGCCGUGAAAUAAAAGGAGUUGCGACCACUUAAGUAGAAUUCUUAUGCUACAAGAACAGUGCCCUUUCUUACACAAAAUCAUGUAUCUGCCACUUUAUGUACUUUUACUCUAGCAUUUAUGGUGUAAACCUAGUUCUGUUUGGAUUAUAUCUGUUUAAAGCAUAUUUUUUAUACUUUUUGAGGGAGAGAGUGCCAAGUCCAUGUUUGCCCAAUCAAUUCAGUGAUUGCUAGUGCUUUACAAUAAUUGCAGUUAGACUAUUUGAGUUAGAACCUAGUGUGGGGAAAGCUGAUUUUUUGUUGUUUACUUUUAUAUAAUAAAAUUGCCAUUUAUAAAUGUUUGUCAGUAGAAAGAGUGAAAAAUUGUUGGGAUGAUGUGAUUUUCAGGUGGCUGUACUUUGUUCACAGUAAAUGUUUUAUAGGUCGAUAUCUAUAACUAUUGAUUGAGGAACCUUCUUAAAUUAGAUAACAUUGAAUUUGUUUCUGUGACUCUGUAUUCAUUGUUUCCACGGGGUAAAAACUACCUUUACAGUGCACCAGAUUUGUGCUGCAGUUUAGACACUGCAUAAUUUACAAAACAGCAUGUACUCUGAUGGGAGUUCUUGAAAAGAAAAGGUACAUACUCAAUUUUUAAAACAUAGAGUCAACAAGAAGAACCUCAUAUGAGUAAGUCAUUUUUAUUUGCCUUUCUAGAUUUUUUUCAUUGUGGAAUACUGUAAACAUGGUCAGAUUUGGCCUUCCUUUUCAUUGAUUGAAUGUGACACUCAGGACUCUAGAUGCGUAGUUAUAUGUUGUCUCAUAUUCUACAUUAUUAGAUUAUUGUAAUCUGAGAUUUGCUAAGUAGGUUAGUAUUGCUUUGUCCAGAAAAGGUAUGAGGACCAAACAUAAGGUAAAAAUUCAGAAUUCCAUUUCCUUCUAACUGAUGAAGAUUUUACCUAUAUAAAAAAAAAAAAAAGAAAGAAAAGUUUUCAUAUUUUUCCUUGCUAAGGUCACAUAUAAUGAUUUAUUCAGAUUUAUU